GGUCGCACUCGUUUUUUUCACUCUUUUAAAAGCCAACGAGCAUGCGCAGUCUCUGAUUUUUCGGACUUGGUGUGUUGCACAACUGUAUCUUUCUUCAUUCUGCCUACAACUCUUCGCCGGCGUUUUACUCUAACACAGUUUUAACUUUGUUUUUAAAAACUGAGACAUUUGGAAAUGAGUGGGGACAAUGCCCACAACGAUUCCCAGAUCGAUUCUGGAUCCCGAUAUAAUGAUUCUCACAAACACAAAGAUAAAUAUAAGGACAAAGAACACAAACACAAGGACCACAAGAAGGACAAAGAGCGUGAGAAAUCAAAGCACAGCAACAGCGAGCAUAAGGACUUUUCAGACAAGAAACACAGAGACAAAGACAAGCUGAAGCACAAAGAUGGCUCCACCGACAAGCCACGAGACAAAGACAAACACAAGGACAAAGAGAAGCGGAGAGACGAGAAGAAAUCCUUGGAAGCUAAAAUUAAGAAGGAGAACGGCUUCUCCAGCCCUCCUCGCAUCAAGCAGGAGCCAGAUGACGAGUUCUACCCCUCUCCAAAGUCCUUGAAGCGUGAACGUGAUGACGAUGACUCUGACUACAAGCCCAAAAAAAUCAAAGUGGAAAAUGACAGAGAUGACAAAAAGCCGAAGAGGAAAGUGAUGAUGAUGGACGAUGAGGACAUCAAGCCCAAAAAGAAGACGAAGACAAAAGACAAGAAGGGAGCUGCAGGAGUCGCUGACGGGAAGAAGAAAGGAAAAGGAAAAGAACCAGAGGAGAAGUGGAAGUGGUGGGAGGAGGAGAGGUACACAGAUGGCUCCAAGUGGAGGUUUCUGGAGCACAAAGGGCCGGUGUUUGCACCUCCUUACGAGCCUCUCCCCGGCAACGUCAAGUUCUAUUAUGAUGGGAAACAGAUGAAGCUCAGCCCCGGUGCUGAAGAGGUGGCAACCUUCUUUGCAAAAAUGCUGGAGCACGAUUACACCACCAAGGACAUCUUCCGGAAAAACUUUUUCAAGGACUGGAGAAAGGAAAUGACGUCCGAGGAGAAGGGCAAGAUCACCGACUUGAACAAGUGCAACUUCCAGGAAAUGGGCGAGUACUUCAAGGUCCAAUCGGAAGCCAGGAAGGCGAUGUCAAAAGAGGGCAAGCAGAAAAUCAAGGAGGAGAACGAGCGCCUGCUUCAGGAGUACGGCUUCUGCAUCAUGGACAACCACCGCGAGCGCAUCGCCAACUUCCGCAUCGAGCCACCGGGCCUGUUCCGAGGCCGUGGAGACCACCCUAAGAUGGGCAUGCUCAAACGCCGCAUCCGGCCCGAAGACAUCAUCAUCAACUGCAGCAAGGAUUCCAAGCAUCCUCAGGCUCCCCCGGGAACCAAAUGGAAGGAGCUGCGCCAUGACAACAAGGUCACGUGGCUGGUGUCGUGGACCGAGAACAUCCAGGGCUCCAUCAAGUACAUCAUGUUGAACCCAAGCUCCAGAAUCAAGGGUGAGAAGGAUUGGCAGAAGUACGAAACAGCCCGGCGGUUGAAGAAGUGUGUGGACCGCAUCCGCAACCAGUACCGGGACGACUGGAAGUCCAAAGAGAUGAGGAUCCGGCAGAGAGCUGUUGCGCUCUACUUCAUCGACAAGUUGGCUCUGAGAGCGGGUAACGAGAAGGAGGAGGGUGAGACGGCGGACACGGUGGGCUGCUGCUCGCUGCGCGUGGAGCACAUCAACCUCUACCCCGAGAAGGACGGCCAGGAGUUUGUGGUGGAGUUCGACUUCCUGGGAAAAGAUUCCAUCCGCUACUACAACAAGGUUCCCGUCGAGAAGAGGGUUUUCAAGAACCUUCAGCUGUUUAUGGAGAACAAGCAGCCAGAGGAUGACCUGUUCGACCGCCUCAACACCUCCAUUUUGAAUAAGCAUCUUCAGGAGCUGAUGGAUGGGCUCACGGCCAAAGUGUUCCGUACCUACAAUGCCUCCAUCACCCUGCAGGCCCAGCUCAAGGAGCUAACCUCCGCCGACGAGAACGUCCCUGCCAAGAUCCUGUCCUACAACCGCGCCAACAGGGCUGUAGCCAUCCUGUGCAACCACCAGAGGGCGCCCCCCAAGACCUUUGAGAAGUCCAUGCAGAACCUGCAGACCAAGAUCGAUGCGAAGAGGGACCAGCUUUCCGACGCCAAACGAGAGCUGAAGAGCGCAAAGGCAGACGCCAAAGUACGGAAGGACGAGAAGACCAAGAAGGCUGUGGAGACCAAGAAGAAGGCUGUCCAGAGGAUAGAGGAGCAGCUUAUGAAGCUGGAGGUGCAGGCCACUGAUCGGGAGGAGAACAAGCAGAUCGCCCUCGGCACCUCCAAGCUCAACUACCUGGACCCGCGCAUCUCCGUAGCCUGGUGCAAGAAAUGGGGCAUUCCUGUUGAAAAGAUCUACAACAAAACUCAACGAGAGAAGUUUGCCUGGGCUAUCGACAUGGCUGAGGAUGACUAUGAGUUUUAGAAGACUUGCAUUGCGGUGUUCAUUUUUUUAAUCUUUAUGGUUUCAUCUGUAUUAUUCCCCCCGCCCCUCAUUUGUUUUUGUUUUUAAAAAUGCCUUUUUAGCAGAUGUGAUUUCACAGCAGGUAUACCUACUUGUUACAAAAGAGUAUUGAGAAAAAUGAGCUUAUGACUUUAAUGUAUAGAGAAAAAAAAAUGUAUGUAGAAGAUGCCAGUGGAGAGACUCAGUGGGCCAAGGAUUGUGAGGUGGAGGGGAGGUAGUCUUGAGAAUUUCAGGGAACUGUUGUGACAAGAUUUGAUGGUCUUCACAUCAACAGAUGAGAUGAGAUCCAGUGUUUUUAUGUGUGAGAGAAAAAAAAGCUUGGGGUGGAUCACCCCACCUGGGCUACUACGCCCAUCUUGGGUCCUAGUUCCAGGGUUUGAACCCCCAGCCGUUUGCCUGGUCUCCCUCCCCUCCCCUCUCCUCUCCUCCCCUCCGGCCUCCGCCUCUGUUUCUCCUCUCCCCUGGGGAUGGUGAUUGGGUAUCUUUAGCCAUUCCCAUGCCCUUACUACUACUGUAUGGAAUACCCAACUGCUUUGUGUAUCAUUGGGGGGAAGAAAAGAGAAACAAUGUUUUAUCUAAUUUUUAGCCCACCUAUAUAAUUAAUUAAUUCUAUAUUUUAAUAGAAGAGAAAAAAAAAAGUUGAAAUCAAACUAGGUUUCCAUGAGCGUGUGUAUUACCCAUGGCCUUUUCUUAGGAAAUGACAAAAAAACGUGUACUCCAAUUGAGUUUUUGAUGAUGAUGAAGGUGUGGGGUGUGUGUACAAUAGGCUACCUUGACAAGGUUGUGUGUGAGUGUAGAGCGUGUGCGUGGGUGUGUGUCUGUGUAUUGAUGGAGGAAUGAAGUGAAGUGCACCCUGAGGUGGAUGAACUGGACAGGACUGAAGUCAGUCAGGCCCGUACCGUACCUCGAACACAUGGAGGCUUGAAAAGAGCUUACAGGGGAAACGCGACACUUAAGACAAUAUUUACAUAUGCAGGCAGAAUGUGAAUUGUGAAUUCUUGUUUUUUCCGUUUCUUUUCUUUCUGUCAACAAUUUACAGUUUCUAUCAGGGACUUUUUUGUUUUCAGUGUAAAUGUGAACCAAUAUAUUUCCCUAUGCAUCGCCACAAAAACAACUUAUGUUUUUUUUUUUUUUUCUGCGUAGCUCUUGAGUGUCCAUCUGGUUUUAACUUAAUCAUUUCUGAUGACUGUUUCCAAGAGGAAUUUUAGAAAACUCCCGUAUCUGUUACUUGAAAUCACAUUUUAAUGUAUUGUUUUAUCGGGGAUAGUUCAGUGGAAGACUUUGUUUUUAAUUUUUUUUGUUUUUUCUCUCUUCCAAAAUGGUAUGUGAGGGAUAUCGACUUUGCCAAAAAAAAUAGUCUGUGUUACAGUUGUAGGCAGUUUUAUUUUUAAUUGUGUAAAGAAUAACAUAUUUUAACAAGAAUUGUAAUGUGAAACUCUUCAUAAUGUUUUAUUCCAUUCUGUUUUCAUGAUGGAUGCAGAGAAGCGAGAAAGUGAUGGAGAGGAGUGCUCACACAGGCAGACCUCUUUCUUCCUCCUGUAUGCCUGUGUAUCAAUUCUUUCUCAUUAUCUCAAUCAUGUUUCAUUUUAUUUCAUGUUUUUGUUUUAUUUUCUGCUCAUUGUAGGUUAUUUAAGAAUAAAAACCCUACAAUUCA